CGCGUGCGGAUUUUUUCCCGCGCCAUUUCCAGCACCCAAUUAAAAAACGCUAAAUUAUUUUUAUUAUUACCCUAUUUUAUAACCGCCAUAUUUAAUUGCUUAUAUAAAUUAAAAACUUUUAAAGCCACCGAUACCAUAUUGCUAAAAAAGGACCGUACAAAUUCCGAACCAAUAGCACCGGUACUUAUAAAAACCCCGGCGCCAAAAAAGGAAAGCAUUCGAAAACGGUUAAAAGCAAAAUUAAUACCGGUAAGCACCCCAAAUUUAUUAAACCCGUUUUUAUUGGUACGCCGAAACGUAUAA